GUGAUGGUGUGUGUAUUUCUAGUAUUUGUUUGUAGUAAUUUGGAAGUAAUAAAAAAGGAGCGUGACAAGGGAGAGGGAGGCGCCUUCUCCUUCUCCGCCCCCAACGCUCUCUUCCUUCCUUUCCCCGUUACAAAUGCUCUCUUCUCUCGUCUCGCCUUCUUCCCCCACCCACGGUUUGAACCACAACAACGCGGUCGCCUCCACUGCUGCUGCUCCGGCCGCCAGCCUUCCCGGAGGACACCUUUCCAGCAGCCGAUCCGCGCUCCGGAUCCACCGCCCCGCCAGCUCCCUUCGCUUCCUCUCUUGAUUUCGGACGAUUCUGCUACUUCCCGUUAGUUCUUUCUGUGAUGCGAUUCGCCCCUACGGGCUGCGGCACCGUUUGAGUUCGCCGACACCGUUUCUGGUAGCUUGCAAUAAUCCGUGUUUAGAUGCUCCUGCUGGCGGUUGUUGAUUUUUCUUGCUGUACGAGUUGGCCUAUGUGCGAUUAUCUGAGCAACGACGGAGCGCCGUGGAGACGGCGGGCAGGGGAGAAGAGCUGAGUUGGUGUGCAUUAUUUUACUACUUUCUCAGGGACCGUGCCGCGUAAUGUCCCAGCUGACCGUUUGUAAUUGGACCCGCCUCGGAUAUGCCGUAUCUGUUGGGCUCUCUUGCAUUUGCGCCCGUAUCUUUUUAGUAUUCAUUAAAGAUAGACAGAGCUAGCUAGCUAGAUAGAGCUGGGCAGGCUGCUGCCUUGUGGGGUCAUUUAUAUGCGCAGAUCAUCCCCAUCUGCUAAUUGAUUGGGGAUUAUUAUUUUUGUUCCCUAAAAGCAUUUUUAUCAUGCUGGUUGCCAAUCAACUGUAAAAAUCACGUAUUUUUAAUCUUCGCAAGAGUCUGAUUCGGCAACCAGUGUCACCAAUUUUGGACUCUGCUAGUACAGGCCAAGUUUUUUCUAAAAUACAGUAGAGGCCAAGAUUGCAAGCGGCUUUAUUUCGCUUGCGGUAGUACCGAUGCACGAUCAUUGGACUAAUAAGAUAUUGAUGACAUUGCAUUGGUUUUGUGCGCCCCAAUUGCUGAUUUAUCGACUUGAUUGAAAUUACACCUAUUGGUGGUUCGUGUUAUGAAAAUCCUGGAGGAACCGUGUGAUCCAUGAUAUGCCAAUAUUACUGAUAGGCCAUUUUUAGGCUGUGGAAAGUCCAGGCCAGCAAAAGUGUUGAUUGAAUGGAUCCGCAUUAACACCCACUCCUGCUUUCAUUUUGGUAAUUGGAUUGAUCAUUAGGUGGAGCCAAGCUUAAAAAAUGAAGCACUUAAUCCAAAGGCCCUUCUAGCUUUGGGGAAAAAAGGUGACAAUUUAUAUAGGACUGGGUGCAAGGGAGGGGGGCUUUAAAACUAAGCAAACCUCUUGUUAUUGGGCUCUCGUGAGCGGAUUACCUAUUGUCAUAUUCCAACAAAGAGGAGGCAGCAGUCUUGUCUGUCGUCUCUAAUUUGCGUGCCUGGGACAAACUAGAUUGGUUGCUACUGAAGUAAUGAGGUAGAUUUACCAUUGAGCACAAGGACACCAUAAACUUUCACUAAAGAAAUAAGGUGGAUUAGUAGCAAUGUCUUGUACCUGAGUUGCAAUAAUUGGAUCACUCAGAUCCGAAGAAUGCUUUGCUGAGGUGAGUUCCCAUGUUGCGCUACUGGACAGCAGAAGGGUUGCAAUGAAGCGAAAAGCUCAUCUUGUGAAUGGGAUGAAUUCUGCUGAGUAUCACAUGGGAAGCUCAAGCUCUUCCAAUACUCGGUUCUCUAAUUCUGUGCAGCAAAAUCCUACUGCACUUAGUGAGCCCUCACAUCCUCAAAUGCCUUUAAGCAUUGGUCCUAGCAACUGGAAUGGCCAAAGCUUAGUUAAUCAAGAAGCGCCUCGGAGGAAUGUCAGAGCACGCCACAACCCUGAACCUAGGCCUGCUUCAACUUCCACCGCAAUCAACAAUAAUCUGCCGACAUUCGGUUCAACUGGAAGUGCUUUCACAAGUACAUCAGCUGGAAGGAAUCAAGCACCCUUUUCUCUGCCAACAAGGACAUUACCUUCAGGUGCCUCUGGGGUCACUGGCACGGUCUCGUCGUCGAGGCUGUAUCAUCCUGCUAUGCAUAGCAACAGCUCAAUUGUUGCUGCUGCCACUACUGUCCAAGGUUCUUCAGGUGGUGCGAUAUUUGCCAAUGCUGGCUAUGCCCAUCCAUCUUCUGCAGCUUCGUCUAGCUCUAGAGCAAUAUCCCAUGCAGCAGUCAUUCCGAGCUAUCAUCCUACUACCUCUUCAUCGGUGAGGAUCAAUCAGCCAUCUCCUAUUGGCACUGCUGCAUCUUCUACACAUGCAAGACAUGUAUCCAUGGGGCAUGCUAACAGUGGAAGGAACCAAAGAGCAACGAACUCAAUGUAUGGUAUUAAUCCUUCGAUGGCUGAGACACAGUUGGCUCUCUACCAAUCAAGGCAACCACCACCUGUUGACCCCCACAGGGACUUGAGACUGAACAUCGAUGAGAUGAGUUACGAGGACCUGUUGGCUUUAGAGGAAUCCAUUGGUAACGUCAAAACCGGCCUUGAGGAUGAAAAGAUUUCAAGCUGUGUGAAAAAAGUGGUCUGUUGCUGUUCUGAUCAGACACAAGACGACGACUGCCUGGAGGUGUACAAAGACAAGGAUGUGCUGGCAGUACUGAAGUUCAGGCAUGACUUCCAUGCUGACUGCAUCGAGAAGUGGCUGCAGUAAAAGAACGCCUGCCCGGUGUGCAAAUUGGCCGCGGCUUAAUUAUGUGGCUGCAGGAGAAGCGAAUAACAUUAUGUUUCUCUCUAUUUAUUCUAGAUUCAGACUCAAUCAUGUCGUCUUAGCCAUGCUAAUAAGUGCGCUAAGUUGGAUUAAUUAGUUUGUGUGCUUGAAGUAGCUGUGUUUUGUCUUGCUGUAAAAAAUUUCAGCAAUCAAUUUCAAAGGAAAUCCUCUAGCCAACCA